AUGCGCAAUGCCUAUGAGGCCGCCUCAAAUUACAAUAAGCGCUCGAAAAAACUUUUCGUAGCCGCACUCACCCUCUGCCUGGUGGCCUUUGCCGCUGCUCAAUCCGCCGAUCCCGCUGUGCAGGAUCCCUCGGUUGAGUAUCUGCCACCCGUUGGCGAUGCUGAGGCCGCCGCCUUGUCGGAGGAUGGCUACCGUUAUAAGACGGUGCGCCGCUUGAGACUGCGCCAUCGCCGCGAAGUGCCCAGCCAGGAGUAUCUGCCACCCACUCAGGAGUAUCUGCCGCCUGUGGAAGGCGUUGAGGCUGUCGACACCAAGGUCGCUGAUGAUGGCUACCGUUACAAGACCGUGCGCAAGCUCAAGUUCCGUGCCCGUCAUCGUCGCGAUGUCUCCGAGAUUGCUGAGCCCUCCAGCGAAUAUCUGCCCCCUGUCGAUGUGGAGCUGGCCCCCGAGCUGAAGACCGUCCUGGGCGCUGAUGGCUACCGUUACAAGACCGUGCGCAAGCUCAAGUUCCGUCGCCAUCGUCGCGAGGCUGAGGCUGAGGAUGCUGCCGCCGCUGAGGCCACCAACGAGUACCUGCCCCCCGCUGAGGCACCUGCUGCCGAUGUUGCUGAGGUCAAGGCUGCCGAUGUGCCCGCCGAGGGCACCGAGGUUGGCAAGGAUGGCUACCGCUACAAGACCGUCCGCCGCAUCCGUUACCGUUAUCGCCAUUAA